UGACAACGUGUCACAUGCUCCUCUGGAUUCUACAAACUGCCAAAACAGACCGACGGUCAGUCAUUCACUAUCUGGAGGCGGUUUAACACUAAAGAGAGGUGGACACAAAUUUUCUGAGGUGCGUAAGGCUUGGCAGUCCAAGCUACAGCCUAUUGACUUAUGGCGAUUAACACUGAUGUCGAGGACUGGGGCGGUGUUGGGAGUAAUGACUCUGGAGAAAGGGCGUGGCUCUUGCAGAGCCCCAGUGUGGAUUCUGUCCAGCAUCUUGAGACAGACAGGAGGGGGACCGGAGGCGUGUCGUCUUGGGCAGCGGUCUUCAUCGUAGUGAACGCAGCACUGGGAGCGGGUCUACUCAAUUUCCCUGCAGCCUUCAACAUGGCAGGAGGAGUGACGGCAGGAGUUAUGCUUCAAAUGUUUAUGCUGAUCUUCAUAAUCAGUGGACUGGUGGUUCUGGGGUACUGCUCCCAGGUCAGCAAUGAAAGCACCUAUCAGGAGGUUGUCCGAGCCACUUGUGGCAAAGUCACAGGAAUCGUAUGUGAAGUAGCCAUUGCUGUCUACACCUUUGGGACUUGUAUUGCUUUCUUUAUUGUCAUUGGAGACCAGCUGGAUCGCUUGGUGGCUGCAGUGGCUCAUGACACAGAUGGUACUGUCAGUGGCUACUGGUACACUGACCGCAAAUUUACCAUCUCUGUCACUGCAGUCCUGAUUAUUCUUCCUCUCUCCAUCCCCAAAGAGAUUGGAUUUCAGAAGUAUGCCAGUGCACUGAGUGUGAUGGGAACCUGGUAUGUCACUAUCGUGGUCAUAAUAAAGUGCAUCUGGCCAGAUAAAGAUACGACUCCGGCCUACAUACCCGCCAGUUCUGCAUCCUGGACUGCAGUUUUCAAUGCAAUGCCCACCAUAUGCUUUGGUUUCCAGUGCCAUGUCAGCUGUGUGCCCGUUUUCAACAGUAUGAGCAGAAAAGAGAUCAAACCUUGGGGAGUCGUAGUCACUCUGAGCAUGAUAAUCUGCCUCUUUGUUUACACGGGAACAGGUGUCUGUGGCUUCCUGACGUUUGGCGCCAACGUCAAUCAGGAUGUGUUGAUGUCGUACCCUUCUAAUGAUAUUGCUGUGGCCAUCGCAAGAGCUUUUAUUGUCAUCUGCGUCAUCACCUCCUACCCCAUUUUACACUUCUGUGGCAGGGCAGUUAUAGAAGGACUUUGGCUGCGUUUCCAAGGCGAGCAGGUGGAGGUGUGUGUGCGUCGUGAGCAGAGGAGGAGGAUCCUGCAGACGCUGGUGUGGUUUGUUGUCACCCUCGUCCUCGCCCUCUUCAUCCCAGAUAUUGGUCGGGUGAUCUCGCUGAUCGGAGGAUUGGCAGCCUGCUUUAUCUUUGUCUUUCCAGGUUUGUGUUUAAUGCAAGCCAAGCUGUCAGAGACAGACAGCCACACUAUAAGCUGGCAUGGAUUGGUGGUCUUUGGUGUUGUCAUGGUUACGAUUGGAGCUUUCAUCUUUGGCCUCACCACGACCAACUCCAUCUAUCAAGACCUCAGUUAAAGGGAACCGUUUUAUUGGAGCCAACGGUGUUUUAAGACCGAGGGGGGGCUUGGUUCUGUGCUGCUAUUCUGAACUACUUGAUGGAGAACCAUCUCAUGACACUCAUUUAAAAAUUCUCUAUGGCAUGUUGCAUCCCUGCUCCAUACUGAGUUAACGCUCCACAGUUCUUUACUCUGUAAGAUAGAAGUCAGAGACACCCCACGAUGCCAAAUGACUUCAGACACUUUGCCUUUUACUUAAUGUACGGUUUAAAUUGCACGUUUUAUGUUUUUAUGAUGGUUUAAACUUGCAGCGAAACCUGUUUGACAGUUCAGGGGCACAGAGGGGCUUCCCUUGUCUCUGGACGACUCAUUCCUGUCCUGUUUACAAGAGCUGAAGGACUUUGAAAGGUCUUACAAUCAAAUUGAUUUUGAUAAUGAAAUUGUACCAAUUUGUGUAUUUUAACUUGCAUGUCAAAGUAAAUAUUUCUUACUAAAACUGACAUGCUGUUGUUGCCAGGUGCUAUCCCGGUCCGGACUAUAAUGUCGCUGCUGGUGAUGGUUUGUAAUUAAGAAGUUAGUUUCUUCUCCAAUGAAUAAUAUAAUUGAGUGAAACAUUUGUACAAGCAAGGCUUCUGAAUCAUUGAGUGAUGUGAUAACUGCAGGGUGGGACAGUUUGUCUUGUUUAUUUAAUUUCCAGUCAGUACCUCCUAAAUGAGUUUAAAUAAGGGAGGUUUUCAACCAUUUGGGCAUUGCAACUUAAUCAUAUUACACUUUAAAAUAAAUUUAGGAAGGCAUUAUUUUUUAA